AUGAGUGCCGAGUUUUUACUCCUUCUCAACGAUCUCACUGCUUUUUAUUCAAAAAUCAUUCUCCGCAAUGACUAUGCUUUGACCUAUCUCGAUAAUAAUUAUCAUUCGUUGGUGUUUGUAGGUGGAAUACUCUUUGUGAUAUGGACGUUCCUUGUCGUCAUUCCCAUCUAUGGAGUAAUUUGGUUAUUGGAUGUUCGGAAUUGUUAUCGGUUGAUCCGUAAAGAUGAUUAUUCUCAACAACCCAAUCUCUCCAAUUUGGAAGAAGAAGAAACCCUUGAUGAAGAAGAAUACUCUACCAGUAACCACCAUAUUCAUCGUUUGGAAUUGAGAAGAAAAUUAUAUCAGAGUCAAAAUCAAGGCUUGUGUCGGAAGUUUUUCAACGGUUGUGCGAGUCUGGCUCUAUUCGUUGCGUGUGUGUUGAUCACGUACAUGCUCGUCAUGAAUUCAACCUUUAGUCGAGUUCAUUAUCUAUGGGUUGGAGUGAUUGCUACUGGUUUCUUUAUGGCUUGGAUUCUGAGUGUCCAUGUCGUGGAUUGGAAAUGGAUCUUGGUCUUGAUGUAUUUCAGACUAUUCAAGAAUGAGGACUUGUCAAAUUUCUCAGCCUUAUCCACUCGUGUGGAGUUGAAUGAUACAGAUGCACAACAGGAUGAAACACUGUUACGCUCUUCCACACAAGAUGACACAAUGAAUGUGAGACCAACGCUUAAAAAGAGAAAUUCUUUGGGUAAGAGCAAAUUGGUAUUACUGUGUUUGGAUAUUGUGAGUCCAAGAGUUGCUGCCAGACCAAAGAUGACAACCGUGAUUGUGAUUGCUUGUGUGGCCAUCUUUUUCUUGAUUUCGACCUUAGUGUCGUAUUUUUGUUAUCAUAUUUGCAUUGCGUAUGAUCCGGUUGAAGUUUCAACAUUAUUCUCAAGGACGGUUCUAUCCAAGAGAACUUGUGAAUAUGAUGAGAUUUGUUAUACUUAUUUGACUGUCCCUGAAAAGAUGAGUUCAGAAAUGAUUGUGAAUUUUCAAGUUUCGACCAGCCAUUUCUAUAAGGGAUUUGUAGAACUUGGCAAGUUUGACCCAGAAGAAGAACUGAACAUUGCAAGUUCUGUCACAUUUGACAAGAAUAAGCAAGCAAGCUGUUUUUUAAUGGAAAAUAUUUUCGAAGAAUCCAGAUACCAAUGUUAUGCUGAAUUAACCGAGCUAGAAUCUGGCUCGUCGUACAUUGUUAGAGCAGGUUAUUCACAAUUCCAAAACGAUGAUAGUGGAGUACAUUAUGGCUCAAUUGUGAAAUUUAGAACCACUCCCUCAGAAGAGGAUGACGAUGCUUUGGAAAACAUUGCUUUCAUCAACGGUGGAGACUUGGCAUGGAGAAAUCCAACCAUUGCUCUUGGAAAAUAUAUUAACAUGAUUGGAUAUUCUCAAAAGUCAAUUGCUCCUUAUUUUGCCAUUGUCGGUGGUGACGUGAGUUAUGACAAUGGUUGUGCAGCUUGUUAUCGAAGAUGGGAUGAUUGGUUCCAUUAUUGGGCUCAAUAUAUGACGACCACCAUUCAAUAUGGAUCGACCAAUCAUACCUAUGCUCUUCCAAUCAUUACAGCUGUUGGAAAUCAUGAAUCAGGAAAUUUCUUGAGACCACGUUCAGAUGACGCAUUCUACAUUCGAUACUUUCCAAUGUCAAUUUCUGGAGAAUCUGAACGAGUUGCAAAAGAUCCUCAAAUGACGAGAAAGCUUCAACAUGUGCAUUAUCUUUCCAGUCACACCAUGAUCGUGGUGCUAGAUAGUUGGGUUCAUGACUCACCUCAAGAUCAAAUCGAGUACAUUACAAAGGUAUUUGAGAAUACUCCUGCAAACAAGUAUCGAAACAGAAUUGUUGUGAUUCACCAUCCCAUGUACACCUCGGCAAAAUACAAAUCUUUCAUCGCUAAGGAAAUGAUUGAGAAAUGGGAAUCGUUGUUCCUUAAAAUGAACGUGACCUCUGUAUUUGAGAAUCAUGUACACACAUACAAGCAAACGUAUCCUUUGAAAGAUGGAAAAAUUGUUACCAAGAAGAGCUCAGACAGUUCAACGGAAUCCUUUACAUAUACCAAGGUCCCAGAACAAUACAAUCAACAUGGAAUCAUUUAUGUUGGGGAUGGAAGUUGGGGUGUAACUUUUUGGAAUGUCCAAAUGGACGUUAAAAAUCCAAUAUUCAGACAAAUUGGAGCAUUUAGUCAUGUGUAUCAUGUCAAUACGAGGUUAUUGAAUUCUGGAACUACGGCUUUAGAGUUGUCUGCUCUUGGAUAUAACAACACUUGUGGAGCAAUUUACCAUGUGGAAGGCUCCAAACUUAGGAUUCUUACUGUGUAA